GGUGACUGGCGGACAGCUGGUAUUGUCCGGCUGAUGGACUGAGAUCCCACGAGGCUUCUGUCGAACUUCUCUAUAACUACCACCGCUACGCACCUAGAUGACAUCAUCCUCAUGUGGGGAGAAAUACUCUGCCGAGCAAAGGAUUGGACCAAAGCCGCUCUGUCCAAUCAGAUGGUUAUCGAUUGCCCUUGUUUUGCCCGCACUUUGGCGGAUUUGCCAGUUUCAGGGCCAUGGUUGGCGCCUAUCUCAUCUGCAGCUCGGACGAUCUCAGGUUUUGGACUUAGGAUGGGCAAUUUCGAUCCUUUUUACGUCAACUCUCAAAUAACAACGUGAGAACUACGUGAUAGAACGCCCACUCGAUUUCAGAUAUCAUCCUGGUUUCGAUGUUGGGUGCCGGAGCAUAUGCAGUUGUCUCCUAACCCGUUUGGCUUCCUUGUUAUGGAUCCGUCCCUUUUUCGUGCGGUCUAAGUCCUAACUAACUAGUCUCUUGCAUCGCUUUCGACACCGCCCCAUCCUCGGUGUCUAAAAUCCCUGUCCAAGCCAGGCUUGCAACCGAACCGAUCUUCAUGUGCAAGGUGCUGCAUCUGACACCUCUGAAGACUUUCAAUUGUUUAUACGACGCAACGUGACCUCGACUUGUCAACGCAACGCUGUCCUUUAGGCCUUUAACUGGUUACACUUCUUGAGCCAUGGUUGAGAAUCACCAUAUGGGGGUUUCUGGUCGCGGAAGAUCUUUUUAUCCACAUCAAAAGGUUUCGCCUUCGUGCCGUGGAGCAUAUGUCUUCUCUCUUGUUUGUGGGGGACGCCUCCAUUUUCUAAGGAAGUGGUGCUCUAUUUUCCCGCUGUUUUACAAAGUAUCAUGGAGUGUUUCGGCUUUGUGGCUGCUAGGCCCAGCUGGGGAAUUGGCUCAGACCAUCAAUUCUUAGUCACGUUGUGUCUCUUGCAUCUUUUAACUUGCCAUCCUGUUCAAUAUCUUCCUCGUAGAGGGUGCAUA